CCUCUGAGGUUGCCAUAGCUACGGCGCACCCAAGCUACCAAGCCUCCCAUAAGCUGGUGUUCUGCUGGCGGGAGGAAAGAGGCAGCACCAUGAGCCGCACAGUGACCAUCCAGGAGCCCAAGACCAAGCUUCAGGGGUUUCGGUACCGGUGCGAGGGAUCGAGGGCCAAGGGCAGCACCGCCAGUCGAGCGUACGAUUUCCUGUACGACCCGUUAUUUAUUGUGUCCAGUGAGCGAGACCAUGCACAGGCGAAUAUCCAAGCCACUCUGGUUCGAAGCAGACUGAGAAAAGUUCCCAACUUUAGGUCCAUGUUCAGUAACCUGUUUCAUUAUCCACGAUGUUCUAUGUACUGGAGCAAGUCAGAUCCCGUCCCAUCAUUUAUCAAUCGAGAAUGGAGGGGACAAGAAGCCAAACACAGAGACGUCCUCUGGCUCCAUGCUGCGAUGGAUGCUUCUUUCCAGAUGCCCAAGGAAGAGUACAAAGAUCCAGAAGUUUCUGGAAGGAAUCGCUACAAAUUCUUUGACAGGCCCUUCCUUCCAUUUCUUCAACAGAUGCCGCUCAAUGUUGUCUUAGCAACAUCCAAGCUAGAACCAUUUGUUUUUUCUCCCGAAUCUUCCAAGUAUGCCAUCAUCCCUUCAAAGUCUACUGUGGGCACUCAGACCGAUUACCGGGAUUCGGAUGUGCAAACAGAUCCGUACACUCCGGAAUAUGUCGUGUGUCAAGACACUAUUCCUGAGCUCUUGACCCUGGCUAGCCUGACUUGGGGCCGAGGUCUCCCAGCGGGACAAGCCGAGGUGGAGAUGAUAGAACGGGCCCGGGAGAAGCGUGCGUGGGAAGCCACUCUGCCCCCACUCAAUGACAGCUUCCAGAUUGAGAAGAGGAGGAAGAUGAUGAACUCCAUGGAGAGGAAGGAGUGGGCCUUCAGAGAGGGAGAGAUUGAAAAACUGCAGGAGCUGCGACUGGAGGUUCUGAAGCAGCUGCUGAAGAGGCGUGAGGAGAACCAGAACGAGGUGGACCUGAGGCACCUGAACGCCCAGUGGUGUAAACUGCAGGAGGCGAAGGAGGCCAGAGUGGCGCAGAUCCAGCGCACACACGUGUCAACCCUGAGGAAACUUGCAGGAAGAGGAAGGAAUAUAGAAGGGAAGCUGAAGAGGAGAGACAUCAUUAGAGAAUAUUCCGAUUUUGCUUCUCAGGUCUACGGACCUUUGUCUCGCCUUGGCCGUUUCCCAGACAACAACUCGGAGGACUUUGUUGUCAGAAACCACUAUCUCAACACCUAUGAAGGGUUAAUGGAACUUGAAUCAUGUCUCCCCGAUUUUGUGACACAACCAAGAUUCAAAGCUCCAAAGCCCAGAGUCAUUACCACCAAGGCUGGCUUUCUGAAGAGGACCGCGCGGAUGGACUAUGAGCUGGCAGAGGUUCACAAGGCGCUACUGGAUAAGAAGAAUAAAGUCCUAGAAGGAAGGAAACCCCUGCGACUCCUGCAAAAGAACCCCCUCCCGCAGACUCGGCUCCCAACCCCCACGCUGGAGAUGAGUUCCUCGGACGGAGACAUAGAAAUGGCUGUGAUCCACUUGCAGAAGUUACUCCGGGGCAGAGUUGUGCAGAACAUGAUGUUCGAGGGCAAGGAGAAGCGGCUGGAGUUGAUCCUGGAGUUGCGCACCAGCCACGCCCUGCAGGAGGAUGAGAAGCUAGUGAAGAAAGCCGAGAAGCAAGUGACCCUGGCCCUGCAGCGGCAGAGGAACCUGCAUGAGAACAAGGUGUCGGUCAUUGAAAACCAUUUGGGUGACCUGGAAGGAAGGGUGCUGGCAGACAUGCUUGACUUUCUGUCCAAAGAGCUGGUGCGGCUGCAGGAGGAGCGGAGGAUCCACGCCUUCGCCAUGCUGGCUGAGCGCCAGCGGCGCAUGCGGGAGGCGGAGGAGAGCGGACGGCGCCAGGUGGAGCAAAGGCGUCUGCAGCAAGAGGACCAGAUAUUUAUGGAGCUGAUCAAGGUUCACCAAAGUACUGUAACCUCCUAUCUGGAAGACAUCAUAUUGAACACCGAAGAGAAAACUGCGGAAGAACAGGCCAGAGCAGAAAUUGAGAGGAUCGCUGAGGAGAUCAAUGACAUUGCUUACGAAAUGGAAAACCGUCGAACGUAUCUUCAGUCAGAGGAGAUUGUUGCCGAGUUGGUGUACAGUUUUCUCAUCCCAGAGGUGCAGAAAGACUUCGUCAAAGAGAAAGUGAGGAAUGCCCAGCGGAAGCACAUUCUGGCAGCUCAUGAGAUCAUUCACAAGAACACGGAAACUAUGAUCCAUAGAAAUGCCGUCAUCUACCACCAGAUGGAGACCCUUCAGCAAAAGCGGUAUGAAGACUCAGCCUCAACUACAGAACAGAGUCCAAGUGAUAUACCAAGUUCACAGCAGAGUCCAAGUGACAUGCCCAGUUCACAGCAGAGUCCAAGUGACAUGCCCAGUUCACAGCAGAGUCCAAGUGACAUGCCCAGUUCACAGCAGAGUCCAAGUGGCAUGCCCAAUGCAGAACAGACUCCAAGUGAGGAAGACACCUAGGUGAACCUGACUCUUCCAUCGGGAAGGAAUCCCAGGAGGAGAGGCAGCUCCAUUCAGCUUUAGCUGCUACUCAACCAAGUAUGACAUGAAUGGACUGUCUGUUGCUUAAAACAAAAAAACAUGAAGCACUUCCAUCGAAACUGACUCAUCUCAUCUAGGUUAUGCUACCUAUUGUUGAGUUUAUUAGAAAGUUAGAGUUGGUUCUAUAGCAAUUGGAUUCUUGUGAUCUAAAAAGUAAGACUGUAGGGUUUUUUGGGGGGGCGUCCUUUUAUCAUAUAAGUGUACUCCAUCACAAAUAAAGCAUCAUGGAAUGUGUGA